CACAUACCCAUAAUGUAUACCUUGCAGACCCACUGAAUACAACAAAAAUGGCCUUUUGGUAUUUUGACAAGGACGAGCUACAUCGGACCGCCUCUGCUCAAGAUGGCAUAUCGCAUGAGAGAGAGUCCCGGUACCGUCAAGAAGGGGCAAGGUUCAUCAUAGAUGCUGGCACUAAGAUGGACUUAGGUUACAACACAAUGGCUACUGGUGUUGUUUAUUUUCAUCGUUUUUACAUGUAUCAUUCGUUUAAAACAUUCUCUAGAUAUCUUACAGCUUGUUGUUGUCUUUUUCUUGCUGGUAAAGUAGAAGAAACACCAAAAAAAUGUAAAGACAUAAUAAAGUUGGCUAAAACAAUAUUACCCAAGGAAAAAUAUAAAACCCUUGGAGUAGACCCCAAGGAAGAAAUAAUGGUACUUGAACGUAUAUUGUUACAAACAAUUAAAUUUGAUCUACAAGUUGAUCAUCCAUAUCAGUUUAUAUUAAAAUAUGCUAAAUGUUUAAAAGGCAAUAAGACUAAACUAACUAAAAUUGUUCAAAUGGCUUGGACAUUUGUAAAUGACAGCUUAUGUACAACUCUUUGUCUUCAAUGGGAACCAGAGAUUAUAGCAGUUUCAUUUAUAUAUCUAGCAUGUAAACUGAGUAAAUUUGAACUUAAUGAUUGGAAGGGUCGUACGCCAAAUCAUUUACGUUGGUGGGAUAUGUUUGUUCAAGGAAUAAAUAUGGAUUUACUUGAAGAUAUUUGUCAUCAAGUUCUAAGUCUUUAUUCAACUCCAGAUAAAAUUGCACCACUAUCACCUCCAUGUCAAGACAAAAUUAUUGUUCCAAAGAAAGUUGUACUCCCACAAUCCAUUUACCAAAAACUAUUGUUGCAAAAAAUGGCUUCUAAAUACAUGCUUAAACCUGAACAAUCGAUCCAAGCAGCUAUAACCAAAAAUGUGAAAUUAAUAACUACAUCAAAUACUUUGACGGUCAAGCAAUUAUUACCUAUGCCACCAAGAAUUAAAUCAUCAAUUUCUGUUUCACCAAAACUGCAAAAUGUUCAAAAACCAUUUUUGCCACCAUCACCCACACCACCAAAAUUGUUUUUACAGCAGUCGCCCUUUAAAAUACCACCCCAACUUUCAUCAGCAAAACCACCACUGCCUAAAAUGCCACCACCACCAUCACCUCCUUCAUUAUUACCACUACUUCCUCCACUACCACCCCCUUCAACAGCAACAAAUCAAAUGUUAAUGCCACAAGAUAUUACUACUCAAUUGCCACCACCACCCUUGCAACCGCCACCACCACCACCACCAACACUACUUUCUGGUUUUCCUUCGAUAUACCCUUAUCUUCUACUUAAAAAUACUGCUCAAUCAUAUGCAAACUCUAUGUUUUCUCAGCCUCCAAAUAUUAAUUCUAUAGUUCCUGGACAAAAUAGCCCACAUGAAACGAUGGGUUCUAUUCAGCUCAUUGGUAAAUCUGUUCCUCAGAGACAGCCUUAUGGUGAAAAUUACAAUAAAAAAGAAAACAGACAAAAAUAUAAUGAUAGUCGUAUACUUAAUCGAGAUGGUGUAAUUGUUGGUGGUAGCUAUGGUAAUAGAUCUCAACGUCGUGUAGAUGGUGGUUCACAUUACAGCAAUGAAAGUGGUCCACCUUAUAUUGAAGGAGAUAGUCAACGUUAUUCAGAUCCAGCUUAUCUAAAUUUCAGGGCAAAUACACCAAAUAAACGUGGUUUAAAUACUAGAACUAAUCAACCUCCACUUCCUCCACCUCGAUACAAAAACAGACAAGUUCGAUAUCAUCCAUAUCAAAGACGAUAGUGUUGCCCUUUUAACAUGUAUAGUUAAGGGUAAUUUAACACUUAACAUAGACAAAUAUUUUUAAGAUUUCAUUUGUAUUCUGUAACGAA